AUGAGUUAUCAAGAUGAUCCUAGUUGCUACGUGGGUUCUUUCCCUAAGGACUUUAGCUAUGGACCUUUUGAACAGAAUGGUGAAGGUGAUAACACGUCAUUGCCCGAAGAUCACAAACCUCGAAUCUUACUAAUGGGACUCCGAAGGUCUGGUAAAUCAUCCAUACAGAAAGUAGUCUUUCACAAAAUGUCUCCCAAUGAAACACUGUUUUUGGAAUCAACAAACAAAAUUGUGAAAGAUGACAUUAAUAACAGCAGUUUUGUACAGUUUCAAAUCUGGGACUUUCCAGGGCAGAUUGAUUUCUUUGAUGCCACAUUUGAUUCUGACACAAUAUUUGGUGGUUGUGGAGCCCUUGUCUUUGUAAUUGAUGCUCAGGAUGACUAUCAAGAUGCCUUGGACAAACUACAGCUUACGGUCACCAAAGCAUAUAGAGUUAACAGUAAUAUUAAGUUUGAAGUUUUUAUACACAAAGUAGAUGGCCUAAAUGAUGAUUACAAAAUGGAAUCCCAAAGAGACAUCCAUCAUCGAGCUACAGAUGACUUGGCAGAGGCAGGCCUAGAGCAUGUACACCUGUCAUUUCACCUCACCUCAAUUUAUGAUCACUCUAUAUUUGAAGCAUUCAGUAAAGUAGUGCAAAAACUGAUUCCACAAUUACCCACAUUAGAAAAUCUCUUGAACAUUCUUAUAUCGAACUCAGGAAUAGAGAAAGCAUUCCUUUUUGAUGUGGUAUCUAAAAUUUACAUAGCAACAGAUAGCUCCCCUGUGGAUAUGCAAAGUUAUGAAUUAUGCUGUGAUAUGAUUGAUGUAGUCAUAGAUAUAUCUUGUAUAUAUGGUAUGGUGGAUGAAACUGAAGUGAAUACGUUCAACAGCCAAAGUUCGAGUUUAAUAAAGUUAAAUAAUGGGACUGUUUUGUAUCUGCGUGAAGUAAACAAAUUUCUUGCGCUUGUUUGCAUUUUGCGAGAAGAGAAUUUCCAGAAACAAGGUGUAAUAGAUUAUAACUUUCUGUGCUUCCGUGACGCUAUAACUCAAGUAUUUGAGCUGCGAAAUAAAUGUCAAAACGCGAUUGCAGCAAGAGUAACAUCAGGAACUCCAGAGCCUGUAUCAAAUGGUGCAGCAGAAUCUACUGAGAGCACCUCAGACCGUUCACAAACGAAUUUACCAUAG